UUUCCCAUCGACCACGUGGAAGAGCAACUUUCAGCAGCCUUUCACACUGAAAUCAGCGGCUUUCCAAACCAUUUUUACCGUCCGCUGCGCGACGCUGAUCUGGGUCUGAGAUGUCAGCGGCAGGACAGACCUCCAGGAGCCUGGAGAUCCCGGCUGUCCGGAGGAUCGCUAUCCACGAUGCAGCCCACAUGCCCAAGGAGUACUCCACGACCCCGGGGGGCACUCUUUUCAGCACCACGCCAGGAGGUACUAGAAUCAUCUACGACAGGAAGUUCCUACUGCAGUGUCGGACCUCUCCUCUGACCCGUACGCCUCCCAAACUUCCUGAUAUUCCCGGAGUCACAAGCCCGCUCGACCCAGACUCGUCCAACAAUGAAAACCACCCAGAAGAAUUACCCAGCAACGAGGACGACCACAAUCUGCACACAAAGGAGAACUCGGCAGAAGACGCCCAGUUUGAAAUGGACAUCUAAACAUUAGCAGUAAUAACGAAUGAAAUAAUGCUAACAUUUAUGUAGUUAUGAAAUGGUGUAAAUGACAAUUCCAGUCUUAGUCAGCUUUAUAAUCUGACAUUUGCUAAAAUGUUAAAGCCAAAACAUCAACUGAUAACUAAAACAGUUUUUCACUUUGUUUCAUCAUUUCUAAAAUCUGUGAUAAGUAAUUCCAUAAUUAGUUUUUAAAACUGAUGUGAGUUAUGUUUCUUAAUAAUUUAAAAGGUAUUUAUAUGGACUCCAUUAAUGACCGCUGUAGAUGGCAGUCUAGUUUUGGUAUCUGUAAUAACCCUUUUUGGUCACAUAGGGGCAGCAGACAAAAACGACACAGUUUUCUGUCAAUUUCAAGUCACUUUAUUUGCCAGCAUCACCUCAGUUGUUUAAACACUCAGUGAAUGUGAUGUUACAUGAAUUACAAGGUGUGGUCUUGUUAUUAUAGGACUGUGUUUUAUUGUCACUUGUAUGUUCUUUGCUCCUUAACCUCAAAAAACAUUUUAUAAUCAUGUGAUGCUUUUUUAAUGGAAAAAAAAUGAAACCUCACCCAAGACGGUAAAAUGAAAUAUUUUUGGCUGCAAAAUGUUACAUUAAGUUGAAGCUUUGACAAUUUUUACUGUGAAGGUCAUUAAACGUGGCUGUUUAUGCAUUCUUUAACCAGAACUAAA